AUGAGUAUCUACUUGAAGAGAGGUACUUCCCGUCCACACCUUUCAGAUGUUCCCUUAGAUUUCUUCAAAAGGGAAAAUAAGAAUAGCCAAGAAGGGAAAAAUGCUUCCCUCAGUGAUACGCACGAGGAAGGGGCAAGACCCACUACUGUAAAGGGAAAAAAAAACACUCUCCUCUUUUUUAAAAAAAGAGCAAAUGACCAUGUUAUUCAAAAGGGAAAGGACCAAAUCAGAAGACAAGGAUAUGCUCCUGAAAGGGGGAUCUCGAAAAAGGGAAGAACAAAAUUUAGGGAGAAGGGGGAAAAGAAGGCGGCCUCCGCAGAUGCAUGUCUGGAGGGGAAAAUAUUUACCAUCGCUAGUUAUGAUUUUGUGAAGGUGAUUCGGAAGGCGCGCCGGGGGGAUGUCAUCUCCCAGUCAGUAAAUGCAUCUUCCCAUGUCAGCCCGGAGCACACACUCCCAAGGAGAUGCCCCCGGGAGUGGGAACAGUCCCUGCUGUUGGGACAAAUCGAAGGGGAAAAGACGCCAACGGAAAACCCCUUCGAAAAUGUAACAAAGUGGGAGGUUACCAUGUGCUGGAAGAAGCACAGGAAAAUAAACAUCGCCUUCGUGGAAAGGCACAACAGGAAAAAUGGGAAAACAGUUUGGGCGAGGAAGGUGAAAAAAAUAUACUUGUCCCCAAAGGAAAGCACCUUCAGUCCACUUAUGGAUAAAUACCUUCGCUAUGAGGAUGUGGUGAAGUUGGAGAGGCAUCUCACUCGUUACUUGACUCACAGGAACAUUGUAGUGAUGGAGAGUUUCUUUUGCGUUAAUGAUGAAAUAGUUAGUGUGUAUCCCUUCGGGGGGUUAUCCUUGAUGAGGUGGAAUAAGCGUGAGAAGCUCUUUCAGCUUCAGGGCAUGGAUGGAGGGCCAAGGAAUUGUGGUGGUCGAUCCUCCGACCGAUCAGCGGGCGGAAUGACCCUGGACACUACGCGGAACAAGGAACCCCAUGACGCAGUACACAGGAUGGCCAAAGGGGAAAGAAAAAAAACAAAGCACACAUACGUCUACCCAGAGUACCUCCUCGCAGAAAUUAUGCGGCAACUGCUCACGGUGUGCCAGUACCUGGACGAGCAGGAAGUUUUCCACGGUGACAUCAAACCAUCAAAUAUUCUUGUAAAGAAUGUGAGAAAAAAAAAUAUGAACAAAAUAUAUUUCUGCACAAGGGAUAAAAAAUGGUAUUUGCAAAGAAGGGGCACAAUUUUAAAGAAAAAAAUGAUAAUCAAACUUAUUGACUUUGAGCAUGCACAGAAAACAUACCAAGGGAAAGUCAAUGUAGGUGGAACAACCUCUUUAUUCAAACCUUUAGAGGAUUUUAAAAUCGGAAGAAUUAAUGCUUCUCCAAAGAUUGUAUGGACUUUGGGAAUUACUCUUUUCAUUUUGUCCACAGGCGCACACCCCUUCAGUCGAAUUAACAACGACAUGCAUAUAUGGUAUAUGUUGCAGGGGAGAGGAUUUGAUAUUUGCAGGCGAUUCCGGAGGUAUCCCUUCAUGUCGAGUUCGCUGAAGGACCUGCUUGCGCGCAUGCUACAGGUGGACUUCGCUCGCAGGGCAACCUUACCUGAGUUGUUUCUGCACUCCUUCGUCCUCUUCGGUGAAGCUGCCAGGCGGUGCGGCCAUGAAGAGAUGACUGGGUGA